AUGAGUGCAAGUAGCUUGGUUGCAGAGGCAGUUUGGAAUGCCAUUGAAUCAACUGGUUCAGUGACCGAUGAUCAGCUCUCCAUCUUGCAUUUCUUGUUCGGUAAGAACUUGGAGAGGGCAACAAGGAUAGUGGAUCAAAGAGGUGUCAAGAGGGUUUUGGGUGAGCCCAGUGGACGUUCCAUCUUUCAGGUCGUAGGAGAAUCCCGGAGGAAGGAGGAGUACUUCUGUUUUGCUGAGCACUAUUGUGCUUGUUAUUCAUUCUUCUAUGACAUUGUAAACAGAGGAGAGCAGCUUUGUUGUAAGCAUCAACUAGCUGCAAGGCUUGCUGCAUCAUUGGGAGCAUGCGUUGAAGUUAAGGUGUCUGAUGAACAGUUGGCUCUACUGCUUUCUAAACUCUGA